GAGGAGCUCCGGAGGUCGGCGUGGCCGCGCCGCUGUCCGCCCCGCUGCGGCCGGUGCCUCGGGGUGCCCCCCCCGGCGGCCCCGCGGUCCCCCUGGGGGCUGGGGGCUCCGCGGACUCCUCAGCCAGCCCGGCUGGAGGGGCGUGGCCACUGCGGAGGGGCGGGGCCGACGAGAGACCGACGGACCUACGGACAGACAGACAGACAGGCUGGGGGCGGAGGAUAGAGACCUCGGAGCCGCCUGCAGCGCCCCCGCCCCGCUGAGCUCAGGCCUCAGGGGCCGAGUCCUCCGCCUCCGGGCCGCGCGGCGGGGCGUCCUGUGUCCGCCUCCGCGGUGCCUCGGUUUCCCCGGGAGCCCGGCCGCACUGGGCUCCCGCUGUCCCGUCCAUUCAGCGUCGCCAGGUGUGCCAGGGCCAGUGCCAGCCUGCACCCGCGGCCUCGCCCCAUGGGGCGCUGACUGUCCGGACUCUGCCGGCCACCAUGUGGGCCAAUGACAGCGCCCGGGGCCCCUGCUUCCGGCCGGUGAACAUCACGCUGGAGGAGCGGCGCCUGAUCGCCUCGCCCUGGUUCCCCGCCUCCUUCUGCCUCGUGGGCCUGGCCUCCAACCUGCUGGCCCUGCGGGUGCUGGCCGGCGCGCGGCAGGGCGGCUCGCCCGUGAGGUCCUCCUUCCUCACCUUCCUCUGCGGCCUGGUGCUCACCGACUUCAUGGGGCUGCUGAUCACUGGGGCCAUCGUGGUGUCCCAGCACGCCAUGCUCUUCGACUGGCCCGCCGUGGACCCCAGCUGCCGCCUCUGCCGCUUCAUGGGCGUCGCCAUGGUCUUCUUCGGCCUGAGCCCACUGCUGCUGGGGGCCGCCAUGGCCUCGGAGCGCUACCUGGGCAUCACGCGGCCCUUCUCGCGGCCCGCGGCCGCCUCCCGCCGCCGCGCCUGGGCCACCGUGGCGCUGGUGUGGGCCGCGGCGCUGGCGCUGGGCCUGCUGCCCGUGCUGGGCCUGGGCCGCUACACCCUGCAGUACCCCGGCUCCUGGUGCUUCCUCACCCUGGGCCCCGCGCCCGGCGACGUGGCCUUCGGCCUGCUCUUCGCGCUCCUGGGCAGCCUCUCGGUGGGGCUGUCCUUCCUGCUCAACACCAUCAGCGUGGCCACCCUGUGCCACGUCUACCACGGGCAGGAGGCCGCCCAGCAGCGCCCGCGGGACUGCGAGGUGGAGAUGAUGGCCCAGCUCACGGGCAUCAUGGUGGUGGCCAGCGUCUGCUGGAUGCCGCUGCUGGUCUUCAUCGCCCAGACGGUGCUGCGGAGCCCGCCGGCCAUGGACCCCGCCGGGCAGCUGUCCCGCGCCACGGAAAAGCAGCUGCUCAUCUACCUGCGCGUGGCCACCUGGAACCAGAUCCUGGACCCCUGGGUGUACAUCCUGUUCCGCCGGGCGGUGAUCCGGCGGCUGCAGCCCGGCCUCAGCGCCCGCUCCCGGUCGCUCUCCCUGCAGCCCCAGCUCUCCCGGAGGCCCACCAUGGCUUAGGGCCGGGAGGCCGCAGAGACAGCUCAGGAAGGACAGUGGCCACUCGACCCCGGUCCUCCCCGACCCUCACACCGCCCACGCCGAGCUCCAGGCGCUGGGAGAGCGGCAGAGAGUUUGAGUGGCAGGAUUGUGAGCUGUCUGCCGUCAGCCCUGGGGCCCCCCAACGCUCCCCUGACCCCCUUUUCCAAGGCCCCUCUGUCCUCGCAGGCCCCUCCCCACGUCAGGAUGGGUGAGUGGGGUGUAGGGAGGGGUAUCUGGAGACAAUGAAACUUUUAAGCCUCCCCUUCCGGAAGUCCUCAGGAAAAGGAGGGGGCGAGGGGUUCCGACCACUGGCUGGGGUACGCCUGAUCCCCUUUGAUGCCACAGCCUGCGAAGGCACCGUCUAGAAAAGGCUCGAUAUAAACGGGCAGGACGCCCCGUCUCUUGCCAAAACAGAUCUCAGCCCGGCUGUAUCUUCCUUCGGGUCUGGAAGUCGGUCGUCACUUGUUGAAGUGUUCGGUGCAUCCGAGUGUCCCCCACCCCGUGGCCCCGGAGCGGACGGGGACGGGCAGAGGGCUGAGACCGGGCUUUGUUUGGCUCCUCUCCCCCCUCCUCAUCGAGUCCAAUCUUCAGGAAUCCUCCUGAGAGCCCG